AUGGUCCGUAAAACCGAUCAAUCGUCAGCCUCGACUGCGCCCAAUAGUGGUCACGAAGAAACUUCAAGCGAAGCUUCAUUUGAGUUGAUUCGAGAAUUGGACGAUGCCAUCUCCGUUGCAGACACCGUAACCACAGGUGCUAGUCCUCCAUCAGUGACAACGGCUCAACACAGUGGAGAUGGCAACAUUGUCUUUGACUCCGUCCCUAUUCCUGCCGGCAUCGUAAGAAGAGGAAGUGUCGAUUCCACCGCCACUUUGGAUGCUGGUACGGUCACAAGCUCGGGAAUCGGCAGUGCUACACCGACCACAUCAUCUUUCGUCGACGUAAUGGACGUCGAUGUAUCUCUUUCUCUCUCUUCUGAACCUUGGAUCGAAACACCAUCCACUGACGCCAGCUCAGUACACACGGGAAUCAGCACUGCAGACACUCCAAUUGGUUCUGAAGACGGCUCAAACGUUGGUGCUAGGAGACACAGACGACCAGUAGUCGAGCACAUACUAAGUCAAAACCCUGGUGACGGUAUUCAACUCCCCAAGCAUACGAUUCGGGAUUCCAAUUCAACGCAGCUGGGAAUGGACGGAAAUCAACGAGAGUUAGUCUUGGCUGCUUUGAGCGCUCAUGACGCUUUGAGAAAUCGAUCAAUGGGUACGGACGGUGUCGCUUCUUCCGCUAGUCAAGGUAUCGAAAUUAAUCCUCCAAUCUAUGAAGGGCAGCUUCCAGAUGAUCCUGAAAUUUACAAUCUCGAUGAUCUCGAUUUAUCACCUGAGGCGCGUCGAAGAGCCGAAAUGAGAUUGGAAGAACAACGAUUGGGAAUCCGAAUCAUCCCUCAUGACGAUGUUUGGCCCCAAGAAGGUGGCCAGUCCCCUGUGGAUACAGAAAGAGAUUAUGCAUCUGAUCCCCAAGAGCAAGAGAUGAAGGAAGAGUAUGACGAAGAUGAUGAUGAAGGAUCAGUCUUCGAAGAACCGGUAGACGACGAACCUGAACUUGCCAGUGCGGGUACUGAGACGACCGUGCAUAUCAAUCCAAUCGUGGAAGGUCAAGGGUUUCAACUGAAUCUCAGCAGUGGAACGAACAGCAAUUCGAUCUACAAGAAUAACAAGGUCUCAGGUCGGGGUAAACAGAUAAAUGGUGAUAUCACUGAUCCAGAAUUUUUUGCCAACUUCUUCACUCGUCGAUAG